AGCAACAGCAGCAGCAACGCACACACACACACACUCUCUCACAUUCCUCCUCCAUCCUCCAUCCUCCAACACGACUACCAGCUACGUGCGUGGAGAUCCGAGAUGUGAAAGAAGGCCAAACCCACACGGCUCCUUCUACUUCCCGCACAUCGCACACCGGGGACGGGCUCUGAACAUGGAGGGCCAGCAGCAGCAGCACCACGACCAGGAGCAGCUGUUGCAGGUGCUCCGGAGGCUUAAGGAGGUCUUCGACAUGUGCGACCGUGACACAGACGGCUUCAUCCGGGUGGAGCACUUGGUCAAUCUCGGGCUUCAGUUCGGACAAGGAGACGAGAUUAAGAGGCUGACCAGUUUCCUGGAUCCCAACGCCCACGGCAAGAUUAACUUCAGAGACUUCUGCCAUGGAGUGUUUGCCAUCAAAGGCUGUGAGGAGAUUCUGAAGAUGCCUGUCACAGCUCGCUCUCGAUCCUCCAGCCAGGCUUCAGUCACUGACAACGGAUACAUUUACCAGAAUGGCGAGGCUAAGCUGGGUCCUGCUAACACAGUGUGGAGCUCUGAGCCCACACUCCAUCGACGGCCUCCUCCUCCUCCCAGCAGCAGCACCAGUGCAUCGGCCUCUGUGCUCUCUGGAGAGGAGCAGUUCGAGGACUAUGGUGAAGGGGAAGAUGUGGAGUUCAGCCCCAGCAGCCCGUGUCCAGAGGAGGACUCUCCCCAAACCCACGGCUUCUCCGACAUGGGCUCCUCUCCGCCCUCCAGCGGUGGUGAGACUCCUCAGAAGAUGCGUCAGCUGUGUAACAGUGAGCUGCUGGACAUCUACUGCUCUCAGUGCUGUAAGAAGGUCAACCUGCUCAAUGAUCUGGCGGCACGCCUCAGGAACCUUAAGUCCAACAGUCCUCGGAAAAUCUCCAGUCGAGCCUUUGGAAGGCAGCUGAUCCAGGCCAACCACAGUGUGUUUGGCUCCAGUCCUCACAGCAGCACAGAGGACCUGUUCACUGACAGCAUCGACUCCUGUGACCUGGAUAUCGCUGACAAGGUGAGUUACCUGGAGAAGAAGGUGACAGAGUUGGAAGGGGACUGUCUGGCUAACGGAGACCUCAAGUCCAAACUCAAGCAGGAGAACACUCAUCUGGUGCUCAGGGUCCAUGAGCUGGAGGAGCAAGUAAAGGAUGCUGAGAGCAGAGCAGAUCAGAGCCUGGAGGACGAGUCCAAAAGACACAGGGAGGUGUACAGCAAAAUGAAACGAGAUCGCAACCAUGAGAUCGAACUCCUCUGCUCUAGGAUACAAGAACUGGAGGAGGAGAACGGAGACAUGAAGUUAAAUGUGCGCAAACUCCGCUCACAGACAGAGAAACUGGAUCAGGAGAAACAGAGGAUGUCAGACAAGCUGGAGGACACCAGUUUGAGGCUCAAAGAUGAGAUGGACUUGUACAGGAAAAUUAUGGACAAACUGUGGCACAACCGCCAUGAGUUCCAGAAGGAAAAGGAGGCCAUGCAGGAGCUGAUAGACGAUCUGCGGCGUGAGCUAGAGCACCUGCAGCUCUUUAAACUGGAGGUGGAGCAUCCAGGCCAAGGAAAGAGUCUGUGUGAGUUAAACGCCCGUACCAGAGAGAUUGAGAUGGAGCAUGAGGUCAAGCGGCUCAAACAGGAAAACUACAAACUCCGAGAUCAGAAUGAUGACUUGAAUGCCCAGAUUCUCAGUUUGAGCCUGUAUGAAGCGAGGAAUUUAUUCUCUUGCCACAGUAAGGCCCAGUCUCUGGCAGCAGAGAUUGACAGCGCCUCCAGGGACGAGCUGGUAGAUGCUCUGAAGCACCAGGAGGAGAUCAACCUCCGUCUGAGGCAGUACAUGGACAAGAUCAUCCUGGCCAUCCUGGAACAUAACCCUUCUAUACUGGAGAUCAAGACCUAACACCUCCACGUUUACACUAGAUAUAGCUCAGACAUGCACCAUGAGCAUUCCACCAACAGAGGGAGCCAGGGUCUGUGUCUGUAGUGUCAAAGUCAUUACAAUCAUCCUUGUUUACACCUCUCAUGCACUGGACUGCCACUCAAACAGAGCCUAAAGUCACAUGUUCAUUUGCCAAAGCCCUCAUGGUAGUAGGAGUAGUAACAUGUUCUUCAGCUGCAAUUACAGUACCUUUCAUCCUCUAUAUCUUGUCUAUUCUGUCUAGAGAUGCACUGCAUAGGUUCCUGUGGUCAUAACACUGCGCAUGACACGUACUCUAUAGAUAGAAAGAAUGUUUGACCGUGUACUUCAGAGAACACGUCCCCGAGCAUCUCCACUGGACUGUUCAAAUCCUCACUGGUUCUUCUACAGCUCGUUUAUCCCCAUAACCACACCUCUUUCCUGGAGGUGAAGAGCAUCACACAGUCUGUCUGAAGAACUUGAAAUGGAGAUUAGAGCAAUGCUGUUGCAUUAGUAAAAGCUGUCCAUGUGUCUGAGGGCUCUGACCUUUGCCAGCUCAUAUGAUGUAAAAAUAUUUCUAUGAACUUUUCAGUGUCCCACGCUUAAGCUAGCCAAACACCAAUGUGUUACUGAGAGGAGGCAGCACGGGGCUGCUGUACUGCACUAAAAUACUAUGUAGAACUAGUUUUGCUUUGUUGCACAAAGUGUGUUUCUGGUAGUAUUGCGUCUUUUGUUUACAAUGUGUAAUAUGGUAUGUAUUUAUGCACAAUGGGUGUUCUGUUAAGAAGUCACAUUUGAUUUAGUCACAUAUAUAUAUAUAUUUAUUGACACAUCACAAUGUAAAUCAUGUGUAAAUUAUUCUAAUUACAAUGUGCUGGUUUCACCAGUAUCUUUAGUGAACAUUUAUUGAUGCACAUGUAUAUGGAUAGCUUCACAAAGUGAAAUGACAUUUGACAUAAUAAAGUCUCUUCAUACAA